CCUUGUCAUACUGACUUUGCAGAGCCUGCCUUCGGGCAGAUUCUGCUGCCUCCCUUCAGCUGUCAAUGAGUCAGGCCGCCGUCCACACUCCAAAAAGCUUGCAAUCGCCCGCUGGCUCUGGAUCUAUUGGCUCCUCCGUAUCACGGGAGGCGGAAGAGUGGCACCUCUACCGGAUAUGGGCCCAGCUGGUGCUCGGACCCUCGUUCAAUGUCUCGCAGCCUCUGUCGCAUAUACCUAGCCUACCAGCACGGGAUUCCUCUGGUCGAACCUUCAGGAUCAGGCUCUGCGUACUAGUUCCUGUCCUCAAGCUCGCUCAGAGUGAGCUGCUCGUAGACGGAGCAGGGAAGGGACAUGGCGCUGGAGGUCGGCCGACGGAAGAAGAGCUGGCUCUGACCAUCUGGCUCACGGCUUACAUACUUAUGGAGCCUUACUUGAGCGAGAGAGUGGAGAUCAGCUUGCAGCCGUUUCGUCCUUUGGUGAAGGGAUGUGCAUCAGCUUUGAGCAAUAGUGGUGCAUCACAAGCCGGGAAGCAAGGACCUGAUGCCAAUGUGCGAAGCAACUUGGCACAAGCUCUGCAGGAACUCCUCAGCGAUACCUCUACGCUUUUCUCACGAAGUCCAGUCGAGAUACUCAAGCUGCAAGAGCUUCACUGCUUCCCUCUGCACGCAUCCGCUGGACAUGACAACGAUGUUGGUAGCUCACUUCCCCCUGCCUUGCGACCUGACGAAGCUCUCACUCUUCUGAACCUUGCAUCAGAGCGUGCCCUCUCCUUGAGCGAGUCGCGCAAGCUAUCCGACACUCUCAAGUCUCUCACUUCUGGUCAACUAGGCGGAGAGCAGCUGGGUCCGGACAAGUUCGCAUCGAUUGCGGUGCACACGCCCCGCAUCGCAAUCGAGCUGGUGGAGGGGAUGGCAUCGUCGAGCGGGCAGCACAUGCAUUCUGCAGAGUCUUCCUGGGAGCCUGAGAUCUACUUUCAAGCAACAGGACAUGCUCUGCCGGCCAAUGAAUCCAAGUCCUUCGAUUUUGUGCUCAAAUUGCUAGGGCUCAACGUGCGAGGAGAGACAUCUGUGCCCUUUCUCGUGUACCGACACCUCCUCCCGACGUACCUCUCUCGCUGCUUCUCUGCAAUCAGUCAGAUCGAGGAAAGAAGACGGAUGGAGGAUCAAGGCGAUGCAGCACUGGAGGGAGACGAUGACGGGACAGAAGGAGGGGGGCUUUACCGGCGCUCUUCUCUCAGCGAGGCCACUACUCGGGAUCUCGACUCGCUCCUCGGCUUCCUGCAUCGGACAUCCCUUCUCGAGCUUUUACCCUUGCUCGACUCCACGGUGGCAGCGCAACAGCAAGAGAUCGAACGUGGACUCCCCCCACCCACUCACCUGCGCCGCAUUGCAGAAGCCCUCACUCGUCGGGCUCCAGAUCGAACCGCACCACCAACGCCCGAGCAGUGUCAGGAGCUCUACGAUACGCUGGACGCAAUAGCUGUGGAGAUGAAGGCAUUUGCGUUGGAAAUGGUCAGGUAUCGGUCUGGUGGGGAGCUACUGCGCCGGCUGAUGUGAUGUGAGUCGAUAGAAAAAGGUGGGUGGAGAGGGGACCUUGCGUGGGGAAAGGUCGAGACGGUGCAUGACCCUUUGCGACCAGC